AUGUCGGCUCAGCUCAGCUCCAGCCUGGGGCUGCAGCUGGGUCGCGCAAGCAGAUCUAUAGCGUCGUCUCCCCUGGACCAGACCUUCAAACGCGCAGCCGGAAUGACAGUCAGGGAAGCAGAACGGAGAGCAGCAGUGGCACAGGAAAAUCAAGCCAUCGCACGACAGCUUACGCGACCUUGGAAAGCAGGCGAUGUGUACGCCCCUCACGAUCUAAGUGGUGCUGAAGCUCGCAAGUGGAGGGUCAAACAUCGACCUACGACCGACGCCUUUGACGCACUGUCUGUCAACCCCCUUAGCCUGUACAAAAACUUCUCGGUAAUGUCUGAGUAUAUGACCGAAAUGGGUCGGAUCCGACAUUCGAACUCCACGGGCCUCCGACCGGUCAAUCAACGGAAGAUUGCAAAGGCCAUCCGAAGGGCGAUAGCAUUGGGUCUGAUGCCAAGUAUCCACAAGCAUCCGGAAAUCAUAAAGGAAGAAAUGCAGGGAAGAAUGCUGAACACUGGGCGAGUGCGGUGA